AUGGUGCGAAUUCGUAAGAACCUUCAGGUCUCACCUCUGCUUUACUGCUCCAACGCAGCUGCGGAGGACUUCCAGCCACAUAUCUGCCACCUGAAUCAGUCUCGGUGGGACGUCAGUCCCCUUCCUGAGCGGGAAGCUGAGGGUGAUCUGGACGUGAACGGGAGUGGUACUAUUGGGGCUACAAAAAGUGUUGCGUUGCCAUCCCAGAUGGAUAUUGACAAAGUGAUUAUGGACGUAGAAGAGGGUGAAGAGGUUGGUGACGGCAGUGAAAUUGGGUUUCAGAAGAAAAGGAUCUGUCAAAAGAACGAUGGAAAAAAAUGGAAUUGUAGGAAUGAAGUGAAGGAAGAGUACUCAUAUUGCAAGCACCACCUGACUCUUAUUAGGGGUUACCAUAAUAACAGCAGCAACAAAACUACUAGCAAUGCUCCCAAGUCCUCGACUGUCAAGAAGCCCAGGGUGGCUCCCGUAAUGGCUCCUGAGGCUAAGGCGAAAAAGGGUUCGUCCUCGAAGCCUGAUGAUUUUGUAUACUACUCGAUUUUUUCUCCAACGUACGGGAAUAAUAGAAGAAAAAAAGCCGAGGAAGAGGUUGCAAAAAGUAUUACUGUUGAAAUUGGUGCUGCUACUUCCUCUACUAAUGCAUCGACUCCAGAAGACGCUCCUCCAUCACCAAAAGCUGAUUUUGAGAAUCAGUUUGCUUCUAUGGACGUAAAUGAAAAAAAGGAUGAUGGGAGCAACUCAUGCGGCCGAAAGAGAAGGAGGAAGAUGAAAAGGCCUGUGAAGGCUAGUUCCUUAUAG